CCGCGUUAAAGCCGGACGGAGUACUUCUAUUGCUGGCAGACCUGCCCCGGAGCGCGUAAACCCGCACGCUCGCGCCGCCCACGUCCAGCUCGCGAAUCCGGAGGCGUCCGGUUCCAAUAAUGCCCCGGAAGGCAGCUAGUCCAGAGGAGGCAGAAAGGAUGCCGGGCUCUGAAGAGAUAGAGGCUGGGCGGCCGCGGCCGGUUUUACGCUCUGUGAACUCGCGCGAACCCUCUCAGGUCAUCUUCUGCAACCGCAGCCCGCGCGUCGUGCUGCCUUUGUGGCUCAACUUUGAUGGUGAGCCUCAGCCCUACCCGACCUUACCACCGGGCACCGGCCGCCGCAUCCACAGCUACCGAGGUCACCUUUGGCUCUUCAGGGAUGCGGGGACCCAUGAUGGACUUCUGGUUAACCAAACGGAACUGUUUGUGCCAUCCCUCAAUGUUGAUGGACAGCCUAUUUUUGCCAACAUCACAUUGCCAGUGUAUACCCUGAAAGAGCGGUGCCUUCAGGUUGUACGGAGCCUGGUCAAGCCUGAGAACUACAGGAGGCUGGACAUCGUCAGGUCGCUCUAUGAAGACUUGGAAGACCACCCAAAUGUGCGGAAAGACAUACAGCGGCUGACCCAAGAGCACCUCGAGAAUCAGGCCCUGGGAGAGGAGCCUGAAGGAGUCCACUGAGAUUACUGGUCCUGAAUUUCGGCCUUGAUGGUCUGAAAUUGAUCUACACAUAGGACAGGUCACUUUCUUUCGGUUUUAAAAUGGUUCAUUCUUGGAGUAAAAUAUCCAUCAUGUAAAAGAAAGUUAACUAACAUCACUGAGCUUUGUAGUGUUUAAGACUAAACCUGCAAAGUGCCACCGAGUCUGCCCUUUCUAGAGCAUUCAUCAGAAGAAGCUGUUUUCAGUUUUGCUUCCUAGUAAGGCUGGAUGUUCAGCAUAAGGAUGUUAGUGUGAGCAAUUCGCAGGAGUUGCUCUGUGUCCUCUAAUCUGAAGAAUACAGCCUCGUAUGAACAGAGCCCCACCGCUCACUUGGGGAAGGCUGAGAAGGCCCUAAUGCUGGGAUGGACAUCCUGUAGAGGCCCAGUGCCUAAUGUGUGUGGAGUCUUCAGUCAGUGUUGGAGGAACAAACCAUUGGGUACUUAGUGGGAGAGUUGGAGGGCCUGGCUCUCUGUCUGAGGAAAUCUUAAGUGUACAUGUAAAGGAACAGCUUAGCAGCUUCUGUUUAGAAAGAACUUUCUCUUGAGUUUCCAUGUCUCAGCACUUUCUUUCUACUUUGUUAGUUUAUUUUAUUUUAUUUUUGAGACUUGUGUAGCCCAGGUCAGCCUCAGUCACUCCGGAGGGGAUGCUGGUCUUGAAUUCCGGAUCCUCUGGGAGUGUGUCAGCAUUGGGAGCACAUGGGUGCACCACAGUCUGCUCUGUUCUUGCUUUUCCCAUUUUGAGACGGGCUCAUACUGUAGCCCUGCCUGGCCUCAAGCUAGAGUCAGCCCUGUCUCCCCACCCAGUCUGGCUGCUUAGACUGGGUGGGCUUCCCAUAUUCACUGCCCCAGACAGCAGAGACGAGCUGUCCUUGUGUUUAGGUCUGGUUUUGAGAGUUCCUUCUCUGAGGAAGCUGCUGGCAGGAGCAGGGUUUCUGUUCCUUCCCGUCAGCCCCUAGCAUUCCAACUGGGCGCCGCACUCUGCUUUGGCAGGCGCUAGUUAUGCUUCGAUGGGAGAGGGGAGUGAAGCUCCCCUCAGCCACACACUCCAAACCAUGGGUCCCAGAGCAGUCUGCAAUGAGUAGUAGUUUGUGGGCAGUCACAGCUUUUCUUACAUAUUCAAAUAUUGAUGUUCACUACUUCUAUCAAACAUUUUGUAGAACAUAAUUUUUUAUUUGUUUUUAAUUCCUCAGCAGAGAAAAAUGAGAGAAGCUUGGGCAUUGUGUGUGGCACACACCAGAAAGGACAGUCAGCUGAGAGGGUGCAGAAAGGCUCUUGUGCGCUGGCUCUCAGCUGCAUGUAGUCCUGUAACCCAGUGUUCUCUCUAGUACACAUUUUAAUUGGUUAAAGCACUUUGUCCUGGCCGAGAUCAUAAGGUAUAUACAGUUUUGUGGCCUGAUUUUUCAUUGAACUUCAUUGUUUUGUUUUCCCCUCUUUUUCGUUUUUGGUUUUGUUUUUGGUUUGUUUUUUGCUUUUUGUUUUAUCAAGAUAGAGUUUCUCUGUGUAGCCCAGGCUGUCCUGGAACUCCCUUUGUAGACCAAACAACUGAUUACUGGCCUCAAACGGAGAUCUGUCUGCCUCUGCCUCUCCAGUGCUGGGAUUGAAGUAUGCCUAAUCUUCAUCUAACUUAGUAACUUGUCUUUUCCAUGUUACUGCACACACUGUCUAAAUUCCGGUGUGCUAGCCUCUCCCUUUGAGGGUGACUGUUGGGAGUAUUUGUCUCAGUCCUGGGCUCCUUGAGUGCAGUCUGAUGCUCUAAGAUCAGCAAAAUCACUGAACUUAAUACUGACACUCCUGCCGCCCUCUCAGCGUCUCUCCUUAGUCUGCAGCAUUCCAUGAGUGAAGGGGCCACAGGCCAGUGUGGAGCCUGUGUGUGGGAAGUCAGCAGGUGCCGAGCUAUUGCAACAUUGGUUUUAUUUUUUAAACCUAUCUCUGUCUCUAAAAGAUGUAAUGUUUGUCUUAUUUAACUGGAAGUUUGAAUACUGUUCUCUGUGCCUUAGGACAUGAGUCACUUGUCCUUGCACAUCCUGUAAGUGUGUUCCUCAGACUUUGUACUCUCCUUUGAGUUCUCUGAAAAAGCUGACCUUUAGUACAAUAAACGGUGCUAAGUGAAGGA